UGUUUUGUACGUUCUACAUACUGAUCUGAGGAUCAGCUGUAGGCAGCAAUAAAUAGGAGGAGAAACGAUAGCGGAGGCUCGAAAAGCUCCAGAUGUUAUGAUCUGAAACACUGGUGUAAUAUUUUACACGAAGCUCUUCUUCUGAGAAGAAAGCCUUUUAUUUUUAUACGAUGGUGUUUUAACUACCUCUCUUAAAGGCUAUCUAAAGCUAUGCUUUAAAAAUUGUAGUUCCUACUGUGUGUGAUCUCGUUUACAACUUGAAUAAUAUUGCAAAGGCAGGCCUUUGCUCCAAACCAAGUGAACCCUUACAUUUGCACUACUGAGGCCCACGCUACCUUCAUCCAAACCAAGAUUCAGCAAAGGGCUCUGAGUCAAAGCAAAGUCAAAUAAUAAUAAUACACCGCUACAAGUCUUACGUGAAAACGAAUACCAUUCAAAGGCAGCUAUAGCUUUUUAUUUCUUAUUAUUUUUUGCGUUAUUAUUUUUUUGCGCAUCAAGUCUUCAAAACUUAAGGCCAAGCCGUCAUGUUUCAACGUCUGAGCAACUUGCUGUUUGGGGAGGUAGAAGAAGUGGCAGCUGAGCUGAAGGGACCUAAUCCCUGUGUGACAGAGGCCGACGAGGAGGGAUGGAUGCUUGUCAACCUGCCUGACGAGUCUGGCUGCAUGAUGCCAGCCGACGCUGAGACACAGGCCCAAUUUACUAUUGCAUAUCCAAUCUCAGACAGUAACCAAUCAAACCUGGAAGAUGCUCAAACACGGACUGAAUCCCUAACUUCUAUUCCCCGCUUACCAAACAAGCGACGGAGGACACGUAGCGGCCGGGCGCAGGGGGCAAUAUUACCGACAGACCCCGCGGCUAGUCCGAACCCAUCAAACACGGGCGUCACUACAUUGUCAAGACGGGCCAGACUGUCCACAGCCUCCUCGACUUCUCAGUCGACUUCUCCUGCUGGGAGCGAGUGUGGGGGCAGCGGGGAUAGCAGUAGGGCAGGCUCAGAGAGAGGCUGCAUGGAUGAGAGCUGGUUUGUCACCCCUCCCCCCUGUUUUACUGCAGAAGGAGCCACGGCAGAGGCGAGCCCCAUGGAGGACCUGCUCAUCGAGCACCCCAGCAUGUCUGUGUAUGUCUUGCCGAGCAACCUGUCCAUGGUCUCCAAUGGCAACCUCUCGGUGGUGGGCGAGGAAAGCAUUGUGAGCAUGGCGAGUAGCGUGAGCAGAGUGGCCGAGCCAGCUGCUCCUCCAGCCACCCACACCCCUGGGCCAUUCAGGGUGAGUUUUGGACCUUAUGUCCAGCCUAAGGUCGCCCAUGUGGCCAGAGUCCAGCGCAGCAAAGCUCGCAUGGAAAGGCGCCACCUGAGCCGCAACCGCAUCCAACGCCAAAACCGCACCAGGGAGCAGAUCCCCCGCCACGCAAGUCACGCUCGAAACACCUUCCUGCACCAGCCUAGCAAGCGUAACUUCUGCCACUAGACUCCCGAGAAACUGGGGGCCAUCAUCUACUCUGAGGGCAUUAGCAGAGCAUAGUCUACCUUCGACGCCAACUUUGGAACAGAAAUUCUGUCUAAUUGAGUUUGUAAUACACUUCAGACUAAUUGGAUUCUUCCUAUUUUGCAGCUAAGCCCUCAGAGUGGAACUGAAUAGAACUUACCUAUAUUUUCUGCUGUGUCUAAAAAAGCAACAAAAUGUUCAUAAAAGUUGAAGUCAA